CGGACCCAUCUCAUCUUCCCCGUAAAACUUUCCUUUUCUUUUCACUGAGAAACAAAAAAAAGAGAGAAACAGAAGCAACGAUAAAUCCAAACUCUCUUUUCGUUCAUUCUAGCAUUUUUCCGCGAAACCGCUGCUUCGCGAUUUUCUCAUUUACGCCGUGAAGCUCAAGGCAAAUCGUUACGUUACGUUACCGUUCGCCGAAUGAAAAGUUGUGGUUCUCAAAUCCAUCGCGUGCGAUAGGGUUCGUUAAGACUGAAUCUGAAGCUUCGCGGACAUGGCUAUGCUCCGCAAAUUGUUCUUCCGCAAGCCUCCUGAUGGACUCCUCGAGAUCUGCGAGAGAGUUUACGUUUUUGAUUGCUGCUUCACCACGGAUGCUUGGAAUGAAGAGAAUUACAGAGUGUACAUGGAUGGGAUAGUUGGCCAACUAAGGGAGAACUUGCCUGAUGCUUCGAUUCUGAUUUUCAAUUUUCGCGAGGAAGAUACGAAGAGUCAGAUGGCAAAUAUCAUGUCUGAGCAUGACAUUACUAUCAUGGACUAUCCCCGGCAUUACGAGGGUGUUCCAGUACUCAAAAUGGAGCUCAUUCACCACUUUUUGAGGUCAGGUGAAAGUUGGCUCUCUCUUAGCCAGCAUAAUGUGUUGCUGAUGCAUUGUGAACGUGGUGGUUGGCCUGUUUUGGCUUUCAUGUUGGCUGCAUUGUUGAUUUAUAGAAAGGUUUAUACUGGGGAGCAGAGGACUCUGGAUAUGGUUUACAAGCAGGCUCCGCACGAGCUUUUGCAUUUGUUGUCCCCGUUGAAUCCAACCCCUUCCCAACUGAGGUAUCUUUUGUAUGUUUCCAGGAGGAAUGUGGCCUUAGAUUGGCCUCCCCUGGACAGGGCACUCAUGUUGGACUGCAUCAUUCUCAGAUUCUUCCCAAACUUUGAUGGGGAAGGUGGUUGUCAUCCCAUUUUUAGAAUUUAUGGACAGGAUCCCUUUAGUGCUGAUAAAAAUCCAAAAAUGUUGUACUCAACACCGAAGAGAAGCAAAAGCGUCCGGGCCUAUAAGCAGGGAGAGUGUGAACUUAUCAAAAUCGAUAUCAAUUGCCAUAUUCAAGGUGAUGUUGUCAUUGAGAGCAUUAACUUGAAUGGUAACAUGGAUCGUGAAAAGAUGAUGUUCCGAGUCAUGUUCAACACAGCUUUUGUUAGAUCUAAUAUUUUGAUGCUUAACCGGGAUGAAAUUGACAUUUUAUGGGAUGCUAAAGAUCACUUUCCAAAAGAUUUUAGAGCCGAGAUCCUUUUCUCAGAGAUGGAUGCUGCUGCAGCAGUUAUUGCGGAUGGUACCUCAUGCUUUGAGGAGAAGGAAGGACUUCCAAUUGAAGCAUUUGCGAAGGUUCAAGAGAUCUUUAGCCAUGUAGACUGGAUGAACCCCAAGGCUGAUGCUGCACUAAAUGUGCUCCAACAGAUGAGUGCUUCAGCUAUGAAUGACAGGUUGGAUACAGUUUCUGAUCAGUGUAUGGAAAAUGGCACUUUAUUGCAUGAAACAAGUCCUAGAAUUCCUCAGGGGAAUUUGAGUGAAGCAAGACAAUCUUUAUCCUCAACUAAGAGAUCACCAGAUAAUGACAUGAGUAGAAAAGAGGAUAAGGCCAACAAGGUCGAGGGUAUUCCACAACAGCCUAGUACAUCUAACAUCAUCUAUCAAGAGACAGCCAUAUCUUCAGAAAGAACCACGGAAUCCAAUAAAUGUCCAACAGGACCGACAAAUGUUGACAUAAAACUGCAGGCACCUCAUCCUGCCUUAUCUUCUUCUGUUGAUACUUCUUUUCCCCCUAGAACACCUCCUUUGCGGCCUCAAUCCACUAGUGCUAAAGAAGUUCAUGAUUCUCCUCGCCAAACAGAAUCACCCCCUUCUUAUCUUUUGCCUUUGCAAUCAAAACACCAAACACAAGACAGAAGUUCUAUCCCUACACCUGGGACCCAAUUGUCAUCUACUUUUCAUAGUAAGUCACCAGCAGACACCAUUUCCCAUCCUUCAGCUUCAGCAAUUACUUCAACUCAGCCAUCUCCUUUACUUUCUUCCAAAAAUGUGAAUGAGAUUCCUCCUAUUAGAACAAGACUAGAGUCUUCCCCUUCACGACCUCCAACUCCACCUCCUCCUCCUACCCCUCCACUGAAGGAUCAUAGACUAGUUCGAGCUAAACCUCCUCCACCUCCACAUCCUCCUCCUCCUCCUCCAAAGAAAGAACUACAUGUUAAAGCCGAACCCCUUCCUUCUCCUCUAUCUCCUAUGAAUGUGGAGCCACAGGUUAGAGGUGGGCCCUCUCCACCCCCUCCCCCUCCACCAAAAGAGGAGCAACCUGUUACUUUUAAUGCUCCUCCACCUCCUUGUCUCUCAGGGAAAGUUGCAGGUUCUACUAUAGCACCACCACCACCACCACCACCUUCCUCAGAUCACAUUAAUUCUUCAUUGCAAAAGUCUCCACCUCCUCCUGCAGCACCUGCUCCUCCACCUCCUCCUGGGGCACCUGCUCCUCCACCUCCCCCUGGUGCACCUGCUGCUCCACCUCCUCCUGCUAAAGGAGGUCUAAAAUCAGGCAGUCCAUUUCCAUUGUCUCUUUCUGUGAGUGGUGAUGGGAAUAAUGUGUCAGGACCAACUAGUUCAAAGGGACGAAUUCUAUCACGUACGAUCAGCUCAAAGAAUAACACCAAAAAGUUGAAGCCAUUGCAUUGGUUGAAACUAUCUAGAGCAGUGCAAGGAAGUUUGUGGGCUGAGACACAGAAAUCUGGCGAAGUUUCCAAGGCCCCAGAGAUUGAUAUGUCAGAGCUUGAGAGUCUCUUCUCAGCAGCAGUCCCUUCAGGUCCUGCCAAAAAGUCAAAUGUCCAAAGCUCAGCUGGCCCUAAAUCUGAUAAAGUGCAACUGAUUGAGCAUAGGCGAGCAUAUAAUUGUGAAAUCAUGCUUUCAAAAGUGAAAGUGCCGUUGCAUGAUUUAAUGAGCUCAGUUUUAGCACUGGAGGAGUCAGCACUAGACACUGAUCAGGUUGAGAACCUCAUAAAGUUUUGUCCUACAAAAGAGGAGAUGGAAUUACUUAAGGGUUAUAAUGGGGAAAAGGAGAAGUUAGGAAGAUGUGAACAGUUCUUAAUGGAAUUGAUGAAAGUACCACGGGUGGAAUCCAAGCUCAGAGUUUUUUCGUUCAAGAUUCAAUUCAACUCUCAGGUUUCUGACCUUAGAAAUAGCCUAAGUGUUGUGAAUGCUGCUUCAGAAGAGAUCAGGAAUUCUGUCAAAUUAAAGAGAAUUAUGCAAACAAUACUUUCUUUAGGAAAUGCUUUGAACCAAGGAACUGCCAAGGGUUCUGCUAUUGGAUUCAGAUUGGAUAGCCUUCUUAAACUCACAGAGACACGUGCCCGGGAUAAGAAGAUGACUCUCAUGCAUUAUCUUUGUAAGGUGCUAGAUGACCAACUGCCGGAAGUUUUAGACUUCUCCAAGGAUCUUGCUAACCUAGAGCCAGCAGCAAAGAUCCAAUUGAAGUUUUUGGCUGAGGAGAUGCAAGCAAUAAACAAAGGAUUAGAAAAGGUGGUACAGGAACUAUCAACCUCUGAAAAUGACGGGCCUAUAUCAGAAACUUUCCGCAAGAAAUUGAAAGAUUUCCUCGGUUCUGCUGAAGCUGAUGUCCGUUCAUUGGCUUCACUAUAUUCCAGCGUGGGUAGGAACGUGGAUAAAUUGAUUCUCUAUUUUGGUGAAGAUCCAGCUCGUUGCCCAUUUGAGCAAGUUGUGUCAACUUUGCUCAACUUUACUAGGAUGUUCAACAAAGCCCAUGAAGAAAACCACAAGCAGCUAGAGCUUGAAAUGAAGAAAACAGCAGAAAAUGAGAAAAAGAAAUGUGAAUCAGAAAGAAUUUUACCUACAGCUAUCCGUACUGGCAAUGCCAAAUAGAUGCUACUAGCUUUGAGAAUCAGUAUAUACUCUAACAUGACUAGGAUUUGAUGGGACAAAAAUGGGUCUGGUGCAUGGUGUUUUUGAAGAGCAUGUAUAGUUACACAAGUAGUAGUAGCUGACAUUGAUAACCAAAACGAAGAGAACUGCAUUACACUGCAAAGUUUAGCAGAAAUGGUGUAGUUUGCACGAGUUGUGUUAUUUACCAGCCAACCUGUAUAUAUCUUCCUCUUCCCUCUUCGCUCAGCAACUGUAUGAUUGUAAGUAUUUUCAGGAAACCUGGGCAAUUUGCUAUUAAUUUUUUAUCACUCCCUCAGGCUUGAUUCUCUCUGUUAGCAACAUUGAUUUCACAUCUGUAAUGCAAUGCUUGAUUUCUUCUUGUAUAGCAUACAUAUGUUUUUUUUUUUUUUUUUCUAACUAAAUAUCUUCUUAGGUGCCCCAAAAGCAAGGGAUUCUUGCUCGGUAUUAUUGAAUGUGUACCCCUGCUAUAACACUAAAGUAUUGCUAAAGCUAAAGAUAGUUAUGGCACACAUAAUCAUGGUGAUAUAUAUUUAAUAGUACCAAACAAGAGUCUGAAGCAAACCAAGAAUUUCAGUUGAAA